AUGGGCUUCUUCGAUUUACAUGAACCUGAAGAUGGACAAGAUCGAUUCUUUUUAUAUGCAAUGAUUAUUCUUCCAUUGUGUUCUUCAGGUUCCUAUUUAUUUGAUGCUUGGUAUAAUUAUCUAUAUCCUUCAGAUGAACCUAGUUAUAUUGGACUUUUAUCAACAAUAAUGAUUAUUUUUUCUUAUUUACAAUAUUGUGCACCAAUACGUUCACGAAAAGUUCUAGCUAUUUAUUAUGUAUUUAUAUGUAUCAUAAAAGAAUCAGCAACAUUUGGCUAUUUACUCCAUUUUAUACAAAAAAAAGAAAUGUUUCAAAUAAUAUUCUAUAGUUGUUUUUUAAUACUUGAUUUAUUACUUACAAUUGGUUUAAUUUAUUGUCGUGUUAUAAAUGAAUAUGAAUCUCAUAUUGCUGUUGAAAACAAACAUUUAUUUCAUUUUAUGUCACGUUUAGAAGUUAUAUUAACAAUAUUUAUACCUGUUUUUAUGAAUGUUAAAUAUACGUCAUUAACACGUCAUAUGAUAGCAUAUUUUCUUUUAUUUGAUUUUUUUUCUGAUUCAUAUUCAAGAUUUCAAGGCGUAUGGAUUAAAUCGGCAAUAUAUUUAUUUGCAACAACAACAACAAUAUCUGUUGCAACUGAGUGGUUCCAUUUUAAUAAUCAUGUACUAUUAUAUGAAGAAAUUUCACAAUUAUCAGAACUUCUUGCAACUUUAUUAUGUGAUACAAUUAUUAUUUUACAAUUUUUUCCAUUUCAUUUUAAAACUCAAUAUGUACAGAAUAUUGCUCGAGAAGCUUUACUUUUUCAAAAAACCUUAUAUGCAACUAAUAAUAGCACAAGUAUUUCAGAAAGCAAAGAAACUAAUAUAAUGAACGAUGUGAACAUUAAAGUUGAGCAAAAAACUCAUACUGAUAUGAACACAACUCUUUAG